AUGGUGUGACCUUUUCUGAGGCCUUUUUUAGCGUAUUACGACCAACCAGCUAAAUGGCAGUUCUACGUGGAUGGAGAUUCGUGGGCUUUGUGUCCUGCAUCGUUGGCGCCGUGGGACUAACUCUAUACCCUGUGAUUGUGGACCCGAUGCUAAACACCGAGAAAUACAAAACCCUGCAGGAAUACAGCAAGAUAAAGAGAGAUGAACUGCAGCAUAUUAAAAGGCAGUAGAACCCCCGAUCAUAAUACUCUAGUUGUACACCUAAGAACCAAAAUAUGUGUAUUUUCGUUUAAAUUAUAACGCACUACAAUGUACAUAUGUUGAGCUCUAUUUAAAUACAAAAUAGGCUGAUUGUC